UGAAACUUUUAAAAAUGAUAAAAUAUCCAAAUACUAUUUUAGUAUAAACAGGAUUUAUUCGUAUUAUGUUGUAAAAUACAUAUUCAUUACUACGGUGGUAGUUUUAUUGAUCUUGUAAAUAUAGGAUUGAUCAAUCAACUCUGUUUACUUUGGUUCCUAAGUGACUUAGAAUUGAGUGGGUACCAGGAAUUCGAGUAUCGUUAUCAAGAACAGUUAUUAGUCAUCGAAUCAGAUAUCUUUAAUUUCGCGUGAAUCAUAUAUAAUUAAUUAUGCCUUCGCAAUUGAACGUGGAUAACCAUCUGAUAAAUCACAAUAAUGAACACGAGAUGCCGAAGUAUCAAAAUACUUAUCGUCUGAUGGCGCAUAACCCGUUCAAAAUAGAUCCCGUGGAUAAGAUUGUAAAGACAGCGAUGAUUAAUAAAUUGGAAGAUAUAUCUUACGAUGCAGCGGAGUGUCCAAAGGUUUGCGAAUCGGUGGCUACAGAUAUUAGGGAAAAAAUAAGAAAAUUGAACUUCGACAGAUACAAAAUCGUAGUAAACGUGACGAUUGUAGAAAAAGGUGGCCAAUCUCUACAGACGUCCAUGGGAUUUCUUUGGGACGCAGAGAAGGAUAAUUAUUCAUUAUUUACAUACGAAGCUCGGACAUUUCAUGCCUAUUGUUGUGUAUUCGGACUCUACUAUGAAUAAACCAAAUGCUUUUCCGUCUA